AUGACUCAAUCAAACGUGGAUGAGUUGGCAACCUUUCUCGAAAGUGCUAGCUGGAAAAAGGACAAAGACAACCUAAAUGUCUAUUUUUGUGAUGAUGAUGGCCUAGAGCCGUUGUUAGUGAAGGCUUCCAGCGAGUUGCCUGAUUAUCUUCAACGGCACGGGUUUCAAGUGUGGAAGGUGUUGGAGGAAACUAAGUUUGUGGAGAAGGAGGGAAUUGGAAAGCAAGGAUAUAUUAUACCAGUGACGAUUAUCUCAGGCCACCCUCGGUUGCUCUCUGAGCCUUCCCAGCCUUUGCUUGUUCCCAAUACCCCGGCAGUUUUUCAACGCGAACCUGUCCUCUUACCAGCCUUGUAUCUUAUUCUCGCUCUUCCACCGACUUCUACAUAA